UCUUGAACUCGAACCUCCAUUUUCUAAAACUCAUCUUCAAUUUUCUCCAUCUCGCCCAUGCGCUUAUUCAGCUCUCUCGUCUUUCUUCCUACAUUCAUAGCUGUAGCAUUCUUUUCCCUGUCUACGUCCGCCUGUGAAGGAGAUUGUAUUACGAACACGACCAACGAAUUUAUCAGACUAUAUGCGACUCCAUUGAAGACGCUCCUGGACCAUACGGAUAUCGAUCUCGCAUCUCGCUUCAACCUCCCUUCCUCUUCAAAAUGUGUCUCCUACCUUCAAGAUGCCUACGCCAAGAUCGCUUAUGCUUACCUUGAGAAUGCCAUCUUUCCUUCAUAUUUUCAUGGAAAAUGCCAACAGCGCACCGCGAACGGCACGCUAGUCAACCCGCCCGGAUGCCCUAAUCCCGAUUGCCCCGUUGUCUGCGGCACACCAGGAUCUAUGGUUCAUCAUUACGACGCCUUGCGCAACAUCACGGUCAAUUCUCAUGAAGGAAUGUUCGCUCUUCUGACGAAGCAAGACUCGGGAUCAUUCCAAGAUGUGAAGACAUGUGUGCUGGGCGCUACGACCCUCAAGAAAUGUCCCCAAGAGCCCGCUCGUACUACAAGAUCAUUUUCGCGAUCAUUUGCAGCUCAUUUUCCUCGCUCCUUGGUUGGUGGUUCUUCCAGCGGAUUCUCGCCUCGCGGGAACUGCUAUGAUGACACGAAUUUUGAGAAGAAUCUCUACGACGUCCUUCAGGCCGGCAUGGUACAGAUGUGGGCUGAUGUAUGCGACGCAAAGAAGGACUAUGCGAAAUGUAGCUGGGAGAAGGAGAUGAAGGCCUUUAUUUUGCAAUUUCCUUGAUCGGAAUGCCCUUGGAGAUCUUACACUCCAUACGACAUAUUUCUAUCCCUCGUCAACAAGACUGUAAUUGGAUUUUUUAGAGUUUCUGUACGGCUAGUACUCGCUCAUCGCUAUGUAUCUAUAGAUAGUUUUGUAUCAUGCAUUUUCUG